AUGUCCGCCGAAGCGACCAAGACGCCCUCGGCGCCCGAAUCUCCUACGACUGCGAGACCUCUCGAGAUGGACGACGACGAUGUUCAAGAGCAGGGAACGUUGAAUGUCGAGGACACUGCUGCCAAGUCCAACGCGGCAACAACACCCGCCUCAGCAAACGCCACCACCACCGCCGGCUCAGACGAGGCUGCUCCGCCGAGACCUCCCCGGCCGUUGACCGAGGAACAAAAGAGCCAACAGAUGUUGAAGGAAGCAUUCCCGACCGUUGACGAUAGCGUCAUUAAAGCGGUACUCAGGGCUAGCGGCGGGCGCAUCGAGUCUGCUUUCAAUGCGCUCCUCGAGAUGACAGACCCUGAUGCCGCCGAGCGGGAUCGUCCACCUCCGCCACCACCGAGGCCGGUCGCAGACCCGCUGGGGCCUACCUCCACACACCAGUCGCAGCUCGAGGCCGACGAGAUAUACGCGCGCCAGCUUGCAGAGCACUAUGAGAACGUUGGCGCAUACGAGGCCAGGACUGCCAACCGAGGUCAUCCCGGUGGCGGCCAUCCCCGCCGGCAGCAGACCGGUCUUGGGCCGCAGGACGACCCCUAUGACCGCGAGCACAGCUUCAUCGACGAUGACCUUCCCGUUAUCAAGGAGAGCCUGCGCAAGGGUUUCAUGGAGACACAGACCAAGGUAAACACGUGGUUCACGAAUCUAAAGAAGAGGAUCGACGAGCAGUUCGAUGAGGAGGAUGAGCGUAACAACCAUGAAAGUGGCCAGUUUCACGGACGACCAACUCGCGACCACACGCGGAGGAGCAAUGACUAUGAUCGCUAUGAUGCGGACCCCGAGUUGCUAAGCGACGAUUUUGCGGGGAUGAAGUUCCGUAGUGACGGCACCCCCAUCCAGCCCCAACGGCCGUUCAGCGGCAGCAACCCGAACCUCUUCAAGCCACCCCCGCCCUCCAAAUCCCCUAAGCCAGGCGACGGCAGGAAAGUCUCAUUCCGCGACACGGUCGAGGACAUCGACGCUUAUAACGCGUCGCCCAAGAUUCCGCCAAAGGACGCCAUCCCUCCGGGCCCCGGAGGCACGGCGAAGGCAAGCAAGUGGCAGCCCCUGUCCUCGGUCGACCCCAACCCGAUCGUGGAGAAUGAUCCGUUUAGCCUCGGGGACAGCGACGACGAGCGGGAGAUGAAGGACAAGACAGCAGGGGCCAAGGAGAUUAAAAUGGAGGAUACCGAGCGGCUGAAACAGGCCACAGCGGACGCGAUGGCGGACAGCUUGGUAGAGGACAAGAGCAAGGGGGACGGUGGUAGCGGGGGUGCUGCAGGUGCUGGUGCUAAAUAG